GCACUUGGUGAUGGCACGUGAGCAAGGCACGAGGUGAAGCUCUGUUCUGGCCAGGUUUUCCCCAUUCACCCCAACAGCCUGCAGAGUGAUUUCGUGUGAUCACAGUCUGCCCAGGUCCUUGACCCCUCUAGUGACCUUUAAACAGAAUGUGUAAGAUUGGGCCUGAACUUGUGACAAGAUCUGUUAAUGUGUGAACGGAGGGCACUGAGUGUGGGUUUGGGGGGGACACUUGUGAGGCUGAGCAGGGCCAUGAGUCGGAGUUUAUGAGCUGUGGACUCCUCACUCUCCCAUGUGUGAUUUCCCCAUAGCUCUCCGGCGCCCCCUCCCUUGAGUCUGAUUGUAAGGAAGGUGGGAGACACCUGUUGGGGGGCUAAGAGGGGCUGAGCCCACCCUGGCCUCCCACACUGAGCCCUCCUGCCAGAGCCCGCCCUGCAGGACUCGGGUCCCGCCCCCGGGACCGCAGGCAGCGGCGCGACCGCCAGUGAACGCACUGUGGUCAGAAGAGCGCAAGGCGGCAGGAGCGCACAGCGGGGGACCCUGCACAGGGAACCCAGAGAAACAGGAGCCGCCUGAAAGGCGGCGGGGCCGAGAGACCGCCGUGGAGACACCGGGGGCUUCGGGCGGUGCCAGGCAGACGGCCCUUUCCUCAGGGCCCCGCCUGGUACCAGGAACCCCCCCAGCUGGGGGACUGCGCCUGGAAGCUGUAAUGGAGGCCCUGCAGAGGCAGCAGGCAGCUCGGCUGGCCCAAGGGGUGGGGCCUUUGGCCCCUCCACGCCUACCGCUUCCACAGUCUCCUCUGCUUAGCGCCCGGACCCUACAGGCUGAGGGAGCUUUAGGGGUGGUUAGGGAUGACGAAGAGGAGGAUGCUGAAGAAGAUGAGGAGGGAGAGGCACCCUUAGCAGAAGAGGAGGCAGCGGAGGAGAGCCAUCCAGAAGCCCGGUGUCCCAACUCACCUUCCAGCCAGCCCCCUGGACUCCAACCACAUGAGUGGACCUAUGAGGAACAGUUCAAGCAGCUGUAUGAACUCGAUGCAGACCCCAAGAGGAAGGAAUUUCUGGAUGACCUGUUUAGCUUCAUGCAGAAGAGAGGGACGCCAGUGAACCGGGUGCCCAUCAUGGCGAAACAGGUGUUGGACCUGUACGCGUUGUUUCGCCUAGUGACAGCCAAGGGUGGCCUGGUAGAAGUCAUCAACCGAAAAGUGUGGAGAGAGGUCACACGCGGCCUCAGUUUGCCAACCACCAUCACCUCUGCCGCCUUCACGCUACGCACCCAGUACAUGAAGUAUUUGUACCCAUAUGAGUGCGAGACGCGGGCACUCAGUUCCCCAGGGGAGCUCCAGGCUGCCAUAGACAGCAAUCGCCGUGAGGGUCGUCGCCAGGCUUACACCGGGGUCCCGCUCUUCAGCUUAGCAGGACAGACACCUCGGGGAGCUUCUGGCCCCGCCUCGGGUCAUGGCCCCGCCCCGGCCGCGACCCCGAGCUGCCCAGGUCCGGCCCAAGGUUCUGCUACUGGCUUGCCCGCCCACGCGUGCGCUAAACUGAGCCCGAGCCCUGUAAAGAAAGAAGAGACUGGGAUUCCACCCCCUCGUCUGGCUCUACCUGUGGGCUUGGCCUUCGAGGCUGCACGGGAGAAGCUGGCCCCAGAAGAGCCUCCAGAGAAGAGGGCUGUGCUGAUGGGCUCCGUGGACCCACCUCGACUGGGGGCGCCCCCCAGUUUUCUGCCUCGUGGCAAAGUUCCUCUAAGGGAAGAGCGUUUGGAUGGGCCCCUCAAUCUGGCAGGCAGUGGCAUCAGCAGUAUCAACAUGGCGCUAGAGAUCAAUGGGGUGGUCUACACUGGUAUCCUCUUUGCUCGCCGCCAGCCUGUGCCAGCUUCCUUGGGGCCAACCAAUCCUGCACCUCCACCCUCCACAGGGCCCCCUUCCAGCACUUUGCCCUGAAAGCAGCUACUGAGAGCUAAGAGUCCCAGCAUCGUUGCCCGGGAGAGAAGGUACCCUCCCACCUUGAUUCUUUCAGGCUAUGAUGUCCACUCUGGGAUCCAGUCAUGAGAGAUGACAGCAUGCCACCGCCACACCAAAGGGAUGUCUUAUUAUGUUCCAUCUACCUCAUUGUAAAAGGACGAUACCACCUCCCUAGCUGAUUGCAGCAGCAUCUACCAAAGAGUUCUUUCCCCCAGUAACCCCUCUCGUCUCCUUAUGUGAGCCCUAUGUCAGUGUCAUCUAUGGUACCCCACCUCUUUGAGUCCACUCUGCUCCUUUCAGGGGGCAGGUAAAGGAUUGGAUUUGAAUGUGAAGAUGUCCCUUUGGGUCGCAUCUGGAAAAUAAAGUUGUAUUUCCUCCA